AUGUCUAACCUACUACCAUUACAUAAACGUUAUGAAAUUAUUUUUUUCUCGUGUCAUCGCUACGGUCCACAUUUGGGUGUUAAAAAGAUUGCAAAAAUAGUGAAAUGUGCUACAUCAACCGUGAAACGAUGGAAAAAACGGUGGGCUUGUACAAAGGAUUUAUCCAAUGAACCAAAAGUGGGUCGCUCGCGCGUUACCACUGCAGAUGAAGAUCAAAUGAUAUUAGAGUUAGUAGAAUCAACUUGUUCUUCCAUUCAGAAGGGUUUAAAAAGAAGAAAGGUCAAUAUAAGUACUAAAACAAUCUGCCGCCGUCUUCACGAAGCUAACAAAAUAUUUUGUGCCCAAGUAUCCAAACCAUUGCUGACUGCUAAACAUAUACGUAAUCGACUAAACUGGGCACGGGGUGUUGUAAACGAGAACUGGGACAAUGUAGCUUUCUCGGAUGAAUCAACGUUUCGUCUCCGGUCUGUCAAGAAACAUUACUGGCAAGAUUGGAAAAAUCGAAAAGUUUAUCGAACAGUCAAGUGGGGACCAAAAAUCAAUGUUUGGGGCUGUUUUGCGAGAAGUGGUUUUGGUCGGAUUAUCUGUUUUAAACAGAACUUGAAUCGAUUUUAUUUAGUAAAUAAGAUUUAUCAAAACGUGUUAUUACCAUCAACCCGUAAUCUAUUUAGAAGGGGAACACGGUGGAAACUUCUGGAGGACAACGAUCGUAAGCAUACGUCAGCACUUGCUAAACAAUGGAGAGUAGCUGAAGGUGUUGAACGGCUACCAUGGCCAGCCGCAAGUUCCGACCUGAAUCCGAUAGAAAAUCUCUGGAAUAUAUUGAAAAUUAGAGUAUCAGAUAAGCAACCAAGACAUUUAAAAUCAUUGAUCAAGAGGAAUGGAAUCGCCUUCCUAUCGAAUUAG